AUGCCCCUAAACAAUGCAACAGAUACAAAGAUUCUAGGACUUCUAGAAGAUCUUGUGACUAGAUUUGGUUCCCCAAAGACUAUUAUUUUAGACAACGCUAGCGAAUUUAUGGGCUCCCGAGUCACACAUUUUUCCCUUGAUCAUGAUAUAUUCCUAAAAACAUCUUCUAAUUGUUAUCUGCUAGGGAAUGGUCUAGCAGAGUCAACAAAUAAGAACUUGAUCAAACUCAUUAAGAGGAAAGGGGCGGAGCACAAAAGAAAAUGGCAUAAGCACUUGCAAAAUACGCUCUGGGUAGACCAUAUAACCUCCAAGCAAAUAUUGAAGAUCUCCCCAUAUGAGCUAGUUUAUGGAAAAGAGGCCCAAUUUUUGAUUUACAUCAAAAUCCUAGCCCUGCAAUUGCUCAAGUCACUAGAAUUGGAGGAGAACGAUCCUAUGGAGGUCCGUUUGGCAGAGCUUCAAGAAUUACAAGAAAAAAAUGAGAAAGCCUUUAAUUCUUUAAAUAACAGACAACGGAUUGUCGAGAAAUGGUUUGACAAGAAGAGCUCAAACUCUGGUUUCAAGUGUGGGGAUCUUGUUGUAAAAUACAAUGAGUGGGGUGCCAAGCCAGGCCAACAUGCAAGGUUCGAUAGCUCAUGGGAAGGCUCUUUCCGCAUCUAUGACUAUAAGGAAUUUAAUGCUUAA